GUGAUACCAGAGGGCGCUGUUCUCGGAAUUGUAUUUUAAUUUCCUUGAUUAUUAAUCAUGCUGAUUUUUUGGCAGAAAAUGCCGGUGAUAUUUACCUAAUUAUUCUAAUUAAAAUUGGACAAUUAAAUGAGUUACGGUAGAGUAGUCAACAUCAACGUUGACAUGUUUUCUCCAAGUAAGUCAAGCAUCAAAGAAGCAAAUGAGCACUUCCAAGCACUGUAUAAGAGGAUUGAUGAACUGGAAAAGACUGUAAAAGACCAAGCCGAGGCGAUCAUAAGGCGAGACGAGGAUGAGCAACAGCGUAUGAAUGAUGUCGCUAACCGGCAUAAAAAUGAAGUGGAAAAAUUGAAUACAAAUAUUAAAACCUCAGAGAAAAAAAUUGAAAUCCUUUCAAGAAAUCUACAAGAAAAAAAUGCAAUGGUUACUACUUUGCAAUACAAGUGUCGAAUGAUAAACGAAUUAUGUGCGUCCAUUCCAGCUUUUGAAUCGUACUUAACAACUCUUAAACAGGUUGACAGCUUACGCACUGGCAUAGAUUGUAACAAUGUGUCACAUGUUUGUAAAUGCAAACAAGGCUUAGGCCUACCUAACAAUGUUGAUUCGAUGGUUGAAUCAAACGAUGAUGAACUUGAUGUGAGUGGCCAAACGACUGUAUAACAUUCAUCUGUUCAAAUAAAAUUAUAGGUAUACAAUAUAUAAAAUAUGUUUGUAUAUCUUAAUUUAAUUUAUUAUUAAAAUGUAAUUUAAAGUUGGUAGAGUAAUGGAAUGUUACUGUAAAAUUUCGGGUAAAAUUUAUAUUUAUUAUUAUCUGUUUGUUCAUGCAAGAGGUAUUGACUUAUUGUAUUUUUACCUCUCCUGAGGUAUAUACUGAGUAUACCACAUUAAGUUAUGGAAUAAUGGAAGGUUAAAUACUGUACCAUUUUGGGUAAAACUUAUAUUUAAUUUUUAUAACAGAGCUAUUCACUGUAUGUAUGUGUAUUGUUACUUCCUAACAAUCAGACAUAUAUUAUAUUUUAUUAUACCAUGGAGGAAUAAGUUUAUUUCUCCAUGAUUAUACUACAUUAACUUAUAAAAUCAAGUUGCUUUAUUUUUGGGCUGUGGAUAUUACAUCACCAUGAACAGAUGAUGAAGUUAAUGGCGUAUUGAUUUUGUGCACGCAUACACCCUCAACUUUUAAUUUUCCGAAUCAUGCUACUAUUUUUUACAUAAAAUUUAGGUGACUGGAGCACUAUGCAUAUCGGAUUUUGGCCUUCAAUAUAGUUUUAUUCCAUUCUUCAUGGUCAUAGUUGAUGGCUCACCUGCCAACAAGGGUCAAUAAAUGGCAGCUUGUUUUCUUUCUAAUCAUGUACCUCUCAUGGUACCAGACACAGUAAGCAGUAGGUUAGUUUGUUCGAGUUGUGGAGAUAAAUUAGACCCUUAGAUAAUCUAAUGGGGUAUUCAAAACUAGAAAGUUAAUCACCUACAUUUCAUUGUAUGCUUAAAGGUGACUUAAAUUAUAUCCACUAUUUUAUUUUGAAUGUGUUCAGCAAUUAAAAUGAGUAGAAUACCCACUUCAUUUUAAGAGGAAAUAAUGGUGUUAAAUACUGUACAGUUUUGGGUAAAGUUUAUAUAGAGUAUUUAUUAUUAUGUAUUUUAACUAAAGCAUGCAUGGAGCUAUUUCAAGCUAGCCUUGUUACCUCCUGCCGUAUUUAUCUUUUUCAAACCUGUUUGUUUCACAAGAAUACUACAUCAGGGCCAUGCUGUUUAACAGCAAAAUUCUGGAUUCAUUCCCAGAUAAAAACAUAAACUUGGUGAUUCGGAUGCUGGACUUGUGAAGUCUACCUGUGUUGCAACUUUCAACGUACUAUUUCAGGAAUUUUGUGCCAAAUAAAUGAUCCACUAAUAUGAAACAUUUAAA